AUGUCUGGAAGACGUUUUAAAGAUGCCAGUACACAAGUGAACCUAGUUUGCUACUUUGGGAUGGAACGCCAACCGUUAGAUCAACAGAUGAGACUACAUGUUACGACAUUGGCCGUCGUAUUAGCCUCUGCUGGCGCACCAAGUCACCACGACUCUCUGGAUGAGGAUGACUGCAUUUGGCUUAGUAAACUUUCCGAAACAGCCAGAAUCGGAACCAGUGACGCACAUGUGACUUUCUGCGAGACAAACGGAGUGCUGGCAGGUUUUUUACCCUUCUUUCUUCCUAUGUACUGUGACACAUGUACUAUGCCCACUAAAAAUGGAGGAAAACAAGAGUGA